AACUUUUUAAGCAAAUAGCAUCUGUGAAAAGAAAGUAAAAAUAAUUGAAAAAAAAGAUGACGAACGCAAAUUCUACGACUAAUCAACAGAGAAACGUUGAAAAUGCAGCUCGGGCUAAGAACCCUUUGGAGUCUGUGCCAGACACGUCCCAUUUCACCGCAAAGAAUGGCGCAGAAUACAAACUAUAUUGCCGGGCAAAAGGGGACAUGGACGCAAAAACAUUAAAAUGGGCAUUUAAGUUGGCGGAGCGGAAUGUGAGCCCGUUUUAUAAAGCUUUGGAAAUGGGGUGGCAGCCAAAGGUAAAACAAAAUGACUUGAAUAAAAAGUGGGCACGUUAUUUAGUAGCAACAGACAAGAGUGGAGAAUCGGUGGCAUAUACCAUGUUUCGUUUUGAUAUGGACUACGGCCAUAGCGUGCUUUACUGCUACGAAAUGCAGAUAGAAAGCAGCUCUCAGCGUCAAGGACUUGGCAAAUUUAUGAUGAAUGCACUGGAACAGUGUGCUCGACACUGGCAUAUGGACAAAGUUGUGUUAACGGUACUGAAAAACAAUACCAAUGCUACGGCAUUCUUUAAAGCUAUUGGCUACGGUUUGGAUGAGACGUCGCCUGACAUAUUGGAGAAAGCAGAAUAUGAGAUUCUGAGCAAGUGUAUAUAAAACAUCUUGACUAAUUACGAUGACGAUGUACAAAGUUGGCUUAAGUUUACAUUUCUCCUUUAUUCUACAACUCUGAAUAAUUAACAAAAUU